UUGAGUUUUUUGGAAGUUUUUCCUGGUUUUCUUUUUACUACAAGCAAAUCCUCCUACGUCUUUGCCCGGAUUAUAGCCUUUGGAACUGUCUUGUCUUUGCAUUGACAUCAUGCAGCGUACUUUACCCAUCUCUGUUCUCCUCCCUCUUAUACUUUCUUCCCUUCUGUUUUUUUCCUGUCUUCCCGACAUGGCCAAUGGGGACUGCUGGCUUAUUGAAGGGGACAAAGGCUAUGUUUGGCUAGCUAUAUGCAGUCAGAAUCAGCCUCCCUAUGAGACUAUCCCCCAGCACAUCAACAACACAGUCCAUGACUUGAGACUGAAUGAAAACAAACUGAAAGCUGUGCUUUUCAGUUCUAUGUACCGCUUCACGAACUUGACUGACCUAAACCUAACGAAGAAUGAAAUCAGCUAUAUCGAGGAUGGCGCCUUUGCAGGACAAGCCAAUUUACAGGUCCUUCAACUAGGUUACAACAAGUUGACGAAUAUCACUGAAGGCAUGAUGAGAGGGCUUGGCCGCAUGCAGUGCCUCUUCUUACAGCACAACCUCAUUGAAGUUGUUGCAAGCAAUGCAUUCUGGGAGUGUCCCAGUCUCAGCAGCAUCGACCUGUCAUCCAACAAACUUGCCCGCAUCGACCCAUCCACAUUCACAGUUCCCAGUCGCCUGAUGGUAUGUGAACUGGCUGCAAAUCCGUUCCAUUGUGGUUGCGAUCUUCUUGGCUUCCUGUUCUGGUUAGAGUCCUUCAACAAUGUGUCACACACUUAUGACCGCCUCCAGUGUGAAACACCCAGGGAAAUGUUUGGCUACCCUUUACUGAGUCCUUUUGCUUCAAGCCAUGCUGGUCGCAAUGCCAAAAACAUUUUGUAUCAUCGCUGCAGAGAUGGCGUGAUGAUUCCAGGAAUGACGUCUCUACCACCCGAUCUUGAUGGUCCAUCUGGAAUUGGGCCUGAGAUGUUUGGUGGUGUUGGGCCAUACUACCAGUCCACCCCUUCUUCUUCAUCUACAGAUGACAGCUUGAGCCCAAGCAUUAAGCUCCAUCAUGUUUCUUCGUCAUCAGCCUCUGUCAUUAUAAAGAUUCCAACACCAUACAGCAAAAUGUAUAUUCUUACACAAUACAAUAACACACUGGUGUCUGAUGUCACCAAUUUGAAAUUGACUAUACAAAAGAUAACACUCGACAAGCUCAGGCCUAACAACAACUACACCUUCUGCGUAGGGUCUAUUCGUAACUCUCAACGUUAUAACAACACCUGUCUCCAGUUUACUACUCGUGGCCAAAGUCCGGACAAUAUGCUCCCCACACCCUCAACCACUACUCACUACAUAAUGACCAUUGUAGGCUGCCUGUUUGGCAUGCUCAUUGUUAUAGGAAUUGUCUACUACUGUCUUCGUAAAAAACGUAUGCAUGAUGAGAAGAAAAAGUCAAUCUCUGUCAAAAAAACUAUACUGGAAAUGCGUUACGGGCCAGACGUGGCGGCAGCAGUAGCAAAUGAUCCAUCAGCAGUGCAAAAGCUUCAGGAGCAGUCCAGGGAGCAUCACCAAUAUCAGCAUCACCAUAGUGGAAAACUGUCCACAUCCUCAAGCUCUGGACUGCUACACUCUGCAAAUACAACCUCCUCUAGACUUUCCUCUAUCCCGCAAGUGGAAAAGAUGGCCUCUGCUUUCUCCGAAGCCAUGGCUAUAAGUAAAGGAAACUAUAUGGAUGUGAGAACUGGAGGGGCAGGGAUGGAAAGAGUGGGGGAUGGUGUUCAUGGCAGGAGAAGGGGCGACGACCUGAGGGAUGAUGACGGAACUGAUCUUGGCGAUGACUCAGACGAUGAUGGACAUGGCUCUGCCUCAGAGAUCUCCACUAUUGCCAUGGAGGUGGACAAAGUUAACCAGAUUAUUAACAACUGUAUUGAUGCCCUUAAACUUGAUGCAGCAGCAGUCGCUGCUUCAGGCACUUCGAUUAACCUCACAGCUUCCUCCAAUCCCACCUCCCCACCACCACCCAGUUCAUCCUCCCUUGCUCAUGGCCUAAUCCCAAGAGGGCCCGAGACAUGUCAGGUCAUUGCUCCAAACAAAAUACCGCCUCCUCCACCCCUACCUGCAUUAAACACUCCUCUGUCAGAGCGACAAGGGAUAAGUGGUGGGGGCUUUGUUGUCACUCCCCCAUACAGGCACCCCCCCCCAGUUACAGCUACAUGUCCUAUUCAACGGCAAAUGAGUGCAGAUGCAGCUGUUGUUAUGGCCAAUGCUGUCAAGAAUCAGAGCAGUACCACAUCUUGUGGCUCCACAGGUCGAGACAGAGAACGAGGAGGUACUCGAGUGUAUAGUCUGGAUGUUCCUGAACCAAGAAGCCCAGAUGCCUGUAACCAACAACAGCCACAGUACCCAGACCGGGCCAGUCCAGUGGGAUGUGGAGAGCCGCUGGAGAGACUGUCCUUAAUAGGGAGUGGGAGCUGUGGGGGUGGUGGUGGUUGCGACAGUGGUGGUGAUGGUGCCCAACAUCAGGACAGCCAGAAGUCACAUCAUUACCAUCAGCAACAACAGAUACAGCAGCAGCAGCAGCAGCAGCAGCAGCUGGAAGUGCAGCAGGACUACCACUGCUCGGAGCACCGCCAUUCUGUCCCAGCUCUCUACUACCAAGGGUCACACCAUGGCUCCCCAGCCCAGCGCGUUUCUUUUCUAAAACCUCUGACGCGAUCCCGCAGGGACGCAGCAUCCUAUUCCCAGCUUUCCCCUGCCCGCCAACACUCCAGUUACUCUGGAUACUCUUCUAGCCCAGAGUACUCAUCAGAGAGUUCAUUACGUAUCUGGGAGCGAUUUCGUCCAUACCGAAAAGGGCCUCGUGAUGAGGCCUGUUACGUGACAGCUGGAAAUGCUCUUCGAAAGAAGGUACAGUUUGCUAAGGGUGAGGACCUGCAUGACAUCCUUGAUUAUUGGAAGGGUGUCUCUGCUCAGCAAAAGUUGUAACUUCGGACGAAAAUUUAGCAGAGUAGGAAAUGGAGUUUUGGUACUUUUUUAUCCUGAUAAGCCCAUGGGCCUGAGAAAGCAUUUGAAGUUUAUUAAUGGAAAAAUGUAGGACAAAUUUUACCUGUGGUCUUUACUUUUUCUUUUUUGGCAUGCUAGGUAUAUAGGAUAUUGUGCUACAAGCAAGUACUGUGAAACUGUGCCUGGGAAUUGGACAUUCAUUACAGUGUUUUUUUACACUUCAUUGUAGCAUUUUUUUCUUUCUUAUUUUAUGGUGUGCAUUUCA